GAAGAAUAAUAUUAAAUGACAGUUAUACACUCGAGCUUGAUAAUUAGGGGUUAGGGUUUAUCUGUAAGUAAAGAAAGCCCACAAUCUCAGCUCGAUCCUCAUCGCAUCAACUACUAAUCUUAUUCACGGCUUGACCCAUCAUGGUCACCUUGGGAAAUAUAUCGGCUAUAUCUCAGUCCUCUGUUUUGCUGCCCCAAGUUCAAUUCCAAGCUUCUAUCCGAGGACGGCCUUUUCUUCCUCGCAACGUGACUUAUGCAGGAGCAUAUACUGAUUGUACAUCUGUAUGUUUCUUGAAGACCAGGUCAUACAAACAGUCUCACACAGUUUCUGCUCUAAAUCAACAAGAAAAGCGUGCAACUUGGGCAAUUAAUGCUAGUGUGAUCCCUGAAUCUAAAGUUCAAACUUCAUCUACUGUUAAUUCAGCUAGUGAAGGUGUUGGGAUUGAACCAGAUACAACUGGAGGUGGAGGUGAUAUUGGCGGUGCAAGCGGAGGUGGUGAUAGCGGAGGUGGAGGCAACAACUGGGGUAAUAAUAACGAAGGUGACGGAGAGUCUGAACAAAGUGGGGAUAGCAACAAGAAGAUGGCCAUGUCCAUGUCCCAGAAGUUGACAUUGGGUUAUGCUGCGCUGGUUGGAUUGGGUGGGCUAAUGGGCUAUGUGAAGAGUGGCAGCCAAAAGUCAAUAAUCUCUGGAGGAAUAUCUGCUGCUAUACUGUUAUUUGUUUACAGUCAGCUGCCCACAAAUCCUGUUUUUGCAUCAUCGGUUGGUUUUGGAAUGUCCGCUGCUCUUUUGGGAGUAAUGGGUUCUCGUUUCAAGAAUUCUGGUAAAAUAUUUCCAGCUGGUGUUGUGUCCUUGGUGUCCUUUGUUAUGACUGGUGGGUACCUUCAUGGUAUUAUGCGCGGCAUGCACUGAUGCACUGAUUAUGCUUGAAAUUGUGCAGAUGGAUGUGUAAACUGUACGUAACUUGAUGAGUUGCCAUGUUUCUGGAUGAUGUUUCUUUUAGGUCACUGAAUAAAUGUAAUGCUAGCAGUACUAUCGAUCUCUACAUCUGACAAACUUCCUGCGCAAGUAUAUGUAUGAUGAAUUGGGUUUCUCUUCUUCCCUU